CAACUAAGCAUUGGACAAGGUAAAGCCCGCCGAAAAGGCACAAACGGAUUAACUUUUAUCUGAAAGUGGGCAAAAAAUAGACAUGGAACCAGGAACGACUCCUUCGCCUGUUGCAGCACCGGUUGCAGCAACAGUUGCUGCGCCUGUGGCGCCACCAGCAGUGGCUACCCCAGUCCACGUAGUUAGCCCCGCGGCAGUGGCUCCUGCAGCAGCGGUAGUGGCUCCCGCACCAGCGGCACCGAUAGCAGUCACUCCAGUUGCAAGUGUGCAAACGCCAUCAGUUGCUGUUCCUGAUGCUUCAGCUACAGCUCCAAUUGCUGCCGCAUCCGUUACUCCUGUCGCAUCCGUGGCGGCUCCGGGUGUUGCAGCUCCAACUGCGCCAGCAGCAAGUCCAGUUUCAGCACCACCCAUUGCUGUUGCCCAGAUUCCGGUUGCUGUUUCAGCACCAGUGGCACCAGUCGUUGUUGCAACACCCACUCCUGUUGCCACAACUCCUGUUGCUGCGCCUGUGAUAGCAACACCACCUGUUGCUGCCGCAGCUCCUGCUCCGACUGCUGUUCCAACACCCGUGGCGCCUCCAGUUGUUGCAACUCCCGUAGUUGCUCCUGUGAUCGCCACAGCACCCGUGGUUGCUGCUUGCACCUCGGUUCCCGUUGCAACACCUGUAGCUGCUGCACCAGCACCACCAGAAACCCCAGCAGCUGUCGUUGCUCCUGUUGCUGCGCCUGCCGUUGCUCCUGCUGCUGCUCCCGUCGUAGCAGGGACUCCAGCUCCAGCGAUCGCUGCACCACCUCCAGCUGAGACUCUGGUUGCAGCAGUACCGGAACCGGUUGUUCCUGUCAUUCCCGAGGUUCCAGCUCCUGUUGUCGCAGCUCCAUCGGUGCCCUCGACUCCCGUCGUUGCAACGACGCCAGUAGCUGCAGCAGAGCCAGUGGCCCUUGCACCACCCGCUACUGAAAUCCCAGUCGCUGCUCCCACUGCAGCUGCGCCGCCUGUGUCUGUUGCACCACCUGUGGAGGCUGCAGUUGUCGCUCCUGUGAGUGCUUCGACUGAGGCUCCGGUACCUGCUGCAGCUCCAGUAACCGUACCAGAAAUCCCAGCCGUUGCUCCAGUCGUUGUCGAGCCUCAAGUUGCUGCGGAUCCUGUUGUAGCUGCACCUAUUCCUACUCCUGCCUCAGAGCCAGAACCCAUUGCACCAGCUGUUGUUGCAGAAGUCCCAGAAGUUGCACCAGUGAUCGCUGCAUCACCGGUUGCUGUUGCUGAAAUAACACCACCAGUUGCGCCUCCUGUGGCCGCAGAAUCAAUACCAGCUCCAGUAGUUGCCACGACACCAACACCUGCUGCAACGGAGCCGGUGGUCAUUGCACCUGCUGUUUCCGAAGUAGCUCCAGUGAUUGUUCCAUCACCCGUGGCCAGUGCUGUUGCUGAAGCUCCUAUUGAUGUAACGCCACCUGUUGUCCCUCCUGUGGCUGCCGAACCUGUGCCAGCUGUGACCGCUGCCGAGACUCCAGCUCCUGAGACCCCAGCACCAGUUGCAGUAGAACCAGUGACCAUUGCGGCUACAGAUACACCAGAAGUUGCUUCUGUGAUCGCCACACCCGCUGAUGCAACCGCUGAAGCUCCGGUUGCCACAGCUCCACCAACUACGGCUUCUGUUCCCGAAAUCACUGUACCACCUUUGGCAACGGAAUCUAUCGAUGUUCCUGUGCCAUUAGAGGCCGCCGUAGAAACCACGCAGGCAGUCGAAGUUACAACAGAAGCUGCAGUUGCAGACCCUGCUCCAUCUGAGGCAACUGCUUUAAUUAUCGAGCCACUGGACCCACCUAUUCCGGAUUCAGUGGAACAAAUUACUUCCGCGCCAACUGUUGAAGUCUCUGCAGAACCAACAUCUCCGCCAGUACCAGAAAUCUCAUCACCAACUCCAGAGCCCAUACCCGAACCGGAACCGAGCCCAGCGAUUCCGGCAGAGCCAAUACCAGUGGAGACACCAGUCGCUAUCCAGGCACCAGAGGUUGCCGUAGAGGCACCGGUCACUGAAGCUCCUACAACAACUCCAGAACCAGAUGUCGCCACCAUUAAUGACGCUCCUCCAGCUCUUGUUGAAAACGUUACUGCUGCUGCAGAUGUGGAAUCAGCCAUACCGAUCACUGAACCACCGGUUGAGCAAAAGAUUCCUGCAGCUGAAGUUCCAGAGACGGUGAAACAGCCAGUGGAGAUUGUGGUUGAACAGAGCGCCAUCCCUAUAGAGGCAGCAGUCUCGGAAGAGGUUUCAAAACCUGCAGAAGAAGAUGUUUCUCCAGCUGCUUCUUCUCCAGAACCAGUGAUUUCUGAAACAUCAGCUGCCGAAGAACCAAUUACGGCAGAGGAAACCGCAGAAAAUAUUACUGCCGGAGCUUCUGAAGAUGCUCCCACUUUUGCAGAGAAACCAGUAGAAGAGGUAUCCACUGUGGAAAUCCCCGAACAGUCAUCGUCACCUACAGAUUCCGUUCCCGUGGCAAAGAUAACUCCUUUGCUUAGAGAGCUUCAGACCACCGAUGUUUCGCUAUUGGCCAUUGCCGCCACACUGGAUGCCAUUGGGGAAAAGCUAAAGGACCAAAAGGCCAGAAAUCAGCAAGUAAUGGACAGACUCUGCGAAAUCGAGAAAAUUCUUGGCCCUCCCACAUCCAAUUAGCUCAAGUGAAAAGCCUAGAUCAUGUAAAAUAAAGCUAAUAAAGCGUUA